AUAACCACGGACCAGAGUUUUUAAAAGGAAUUGUUUUUAUGGGAACUGCCCUCGAACGAUCAGACAACAUUCAGCUGAUAAAGACGCUUUUAGAUUUAGGCUGCAAUGUAAAUAGCACGGACGGAAGAUCACGGAAUAUUCUACACCGAUUGGCCCUUAAGUGUUUCCGUUCUAGACAUCUACGAGUAGCAGAGCUGAUGAUCAGACGAGGAAUUAACAUAAACGCGAUCGAUGAUUUUGAUCGGACGCCUCUGGAAUAUGCAGUUGCUCAAAAUAAUGAAGAACUGGUGCGUUGUCUCCUGAGAAAUGGAGCAACAAGGGUUUUUGUCAAGUAUCAGAAUAUUGCACAUUAUGCGGUCGAGAUGAAAAGUAUAUCAUGCCUUCAUGCCAUUAUCAAAUAUUAUUUAUUUAGAAAAUUUCAAGGAAAGGAAGUGGACGAAACUAUUAUGAAUUAUAUCACAAGCGAGAUUAGCGAACAUUUUCACAUUUGUUUGAAUGAUUUAGAAUCUCUCAAGCAGAAUAUGGAAUAUACGAAUGUGUCGCUGUACGAUAUUCUCUUCAAACCUGAAGAAGAAGUGGUGAAGUACUUCAGAAACAAGAACGUUGUAUCAGAGGUUCGGGGAAAGAUCAUGGAAAAAUUUGAGUUCAGAUUCAUCUCAAGGAAAGAACAGGCGUAAGAAAUAUGUUCAUUGGAAAAAUUAUUGAUCUAAAGAAGCUUAAAAUUAUGAACAAAGGUGAUAACUUGAUUACUGCUCGCAGAUGGAUAUUGCAUGUUUAUGCAAAUUUUGUUUAUAUGUCAUUGUUUUAUUUUUAUUAUUAUUUAAUUUAUUUGUUGUCAUUAUAUUUAUUUUUGUUAUUUACGCAUGUAUACAUGCAGUCUUGUACAUUUCUACAAAGACUUAAUAACUCUUUUGUUACUCUUUUUUUUGUUUGAAUGGUUAAUUGACCUAAAAUAAGUCUCAUCAUCAGUAUCAAUGAAUUUUGAAAAAUGAAUUGUUGUUUUUGCAAUUUUUUGUUAUUGUUAUUAUUUUUCAAAUUAUUCAUCAACCUAAUCAUAAUACAAGGUGUCGAAAAUUAAACCGAAAAUGAUUUUUACUCAAUAUAAUAAUAUGAAAAACAUGAAAUAUAUCAAAAUGACCUUGGAAACAUUGUGAUAACAUUCGAUACUCUAGAUGAGCUAGCAUUGAAAUUUUUUAAAAUGGUCAAGGUUUAUUAUUCUAUAUUCUUCACUGAGAGAAAUCCAAAUUUUUUUUAUUAAUAAAGCAAUUAUUUGCAGAUUAUUUAUUCACAACUAUUACAGCAGAUUUAUCUUGAUAUAUUCAUUAAUAGUUAAGUUAUGAAUUCAAAAAAGUUUAUUGUUAGAGAAUAAAAUAUUUGUUUACAAGGUAUUUAAUAAUAUUUAAUAUAUUUCGGUGAUAAAUGAUUUAUAUAAACUUACGUUAUCUUCACAAAUACCAUAAAUUCAGUGUCAACAAAUUGUCAACUGGUAGUUAACGAACAUUUGCUAUUUAUGAAUAAA